UAUCCCUCCCUCCUCCCGUACAACCGGGUUUCGGUCUUUCGGGCUGAGCAGGAAGCGAUCGGUGGGGGGAGAGAAAAAAAAAUAAAUACUACUGCUACUAUCACCACCACCACCAAUCCCAGUACCACCAGCGAGGAAAAUGGAGAUGGUGUGUGAGAACGGCACGCGCCGACCGUACCGGACACCGAGCGAAGCGGAUCGCCAGCCGGUGCACAGAUGGACGAGCGCCGACAUGUCUGCCAACCACCACAGUUGCCUCCUGAAGCAGUUGGACCAGCAGCGACGCCAGGAGCUGUUCUGCGACUGCACCGUGCUGGUGGGUGGACGCCUUUUCCGGGCGCACCGCAACGUCCUAUUCGGGAGCAGCGGCUACUUCCGCAUGCUGCUGUCUCAGGGUGCGCGGGACAGCCUGGAACCUGCCAGGGCCUCGUUUGACGCCUUCACCCCCGACACCUUUGCCACCAUCUUAGACUUCGUGUACUCGGGUCAUCUGGCUCUGGGCAGCUCUAAUGUGAUCGAGGUGAUGUCUGCUGCCAGCUACCUGCAGAUGGACAACGUCAUCGCCUACUGCAAAGCUUUCAUCGAGUCCUCGCUGGAGAUCAGCGCCAAGGACGCCAUCGAGGAUGCCCUGCCUCCACAGAGCGUCCUGUGGGAGCAGGACGACAGCAAGGAGGAGUACGAGGCAGAGGUGGAGAAUGAACAUAGUCCGCAAUGCCAGCCGGUUCUGGAGGCGGGCUUGAAGGAGGAGCAGGCGGCGCACUACGAGGCUGUUCCUGAGCCCAGGAGGAGAGGAACCAGGAAAAGAUCAGCCACUCAUCGGUACACUCCAGACGACAGUUCACCCAUCGACCUCCAGAGGGCAACAUCGGGAACACAGAAAGCAGACGAGCUCUACGCCACCCUGCCUACCAUCGUAGGAGUCGUGGGAGUUUUCAAUAAGGACUCCGCCCCUACGGUGCGCUUUAAAUGCCCCUUCUGCACACACACGGUGAAGAGGAAGGCGGAUCUGAAGAGACACCUGAGAUGCCACACGGGUGAGAGGCCAUACCCCUGCCAGGCCUGCAGUAAACGCUUCACUCGACUCGAGCAUCUGCGCAGUCACUUUGAGACGAUCCACCAGGCGCGUAAGCUGGUGUGCCGGAAGUGUAAGCGCCACGUGACAGAGCAGAACAGCCGUGUGGUGUGCGAGGGCUCACGCCGAUACCGGCUUUGUGAGGCAUGUCUACAGGAGAGCGGCCUGGUGGCACGCGAUGGCACCGACACCAACACGGAGGAGCCGGGCCUUCUGCUGGGGGUGGAGGAGGAACUGGAGGGAAACCGCAAUGCCUCAUGGGGGAUAGAGGAUGAGGAUGACCUUGCUGAGGAUUCAGGAACUGACCUCAUCAUUCAGGAAGUGGAGGACAGCGACGAGGAGCCCAGUGCAAAGUGACGCUAGUGUGUGUGUGUGUGUGUGUGUGUGUGUGUGUGUGUGAGCAAUUUGCGCCAAAUUCAGCUUCAUUUCUUUUAAAGACGGGCAUCUUUGAAUCAAAGAAAAUGUUCUAUAAAUGUAUAGUUGUAUUAUAGAAACAGAAAGGUAUGUAAAUAGUUUAUUUCAACAUGACAGUUCAUUAAAUUAUUUCCUCUUGCUUCUUAUAUAUAAUGAAACACUUGAUCUUGCAACCUAAUAUUUUGGCAAAAGAAGUCCUGCAUUUUCCUAUGACUUGAUCAGAAUUCUUUUAUCUACACCUUAGGUUCGCAUCCCCAAAUAUUUCACCUGGCUGUAAAGAUUCUUAAUGAUAUUGUAAAAAUUCCUUUGUGUUGUCCACUUUCUUUACAUCUCUGUCUGAACAAUCAAGCGUCAUUUUACCUUAAUGGGUUAUGUAGAAUUUUAUGGAAUUGAAUACCCUUUGCACUCCUUUAUCAAUCCUUAUUAUUAUUAUUAUUAUUAUUAUUAUUAUUAUUUUGUUGCUCGGUAAGACAAUGAUCAUAUUUUAUUGUUACUUUUUUAUUAAUAAAAAUAUGCAU